AUGCGCUCCUGGUAUGGAAGGGGCAAAUCCCUGCAGGCAGCUAUCACUGCAUGCUGUCUUGUCGCUUUUGUUCUGUUCGGAUACGACCAGGGCGUCUUCAGCGGGAUUGUUGGAAAUGAGGACUGGAGGAAGCAGUUCAACUAUCCCGAUGAUUCGGAGGAAGGAAUUAUAGUCAGCUGCUAUAACCUGGGUUGUCUCUUGGGGUGCUUGAUCAACUUCUUCAUCGGAGAGAGUCUCGGCCGCCGGAAGACCAUCUGGCUAGCAAUGGGUGUGGUGAUCGUUGGCGCAGUAUUGCAGACUAGCGCGUUUACUGUGUCCCAUCUGAUCAUUGGGCGAGUAGUGACCGGAGCGGGCACAGGUUUGAAGACAUCGACGGUGCCAAUGUAUCAAGCUGAGAUGUGCGAGGGCAAAACCCGAGGACGCCUAAUUUCAUCCGAAGUACUUUUCACUGCGGUUGGUAUCGUUGUGGCAUACUGGUUUGACUUCGGGAUGUCAUUUGUCGGCGGCCCCAUCGCCUGGCGACUUCCGAUUGGGAUGCAAAUCGUAUUCGCCAUCUUCGUUAUUGUGCUGGUGUUUGGCCUCCCAGAAUCUCCGCGAUGGUUGAUGAACCACGGCCAAGAGCAAGAAGCCAUGGAGGUCCUCUGCGCCGUCUAUGACCGGGAGCGGGAUGACGAAUUCAUCGUCAACGAGCACAGGGCAAUUUUGUCAGCGAUUGAGCUAGAAGACGCGGCCAGCAAACAGUCGUUUUGGAAGAUUUUCCGUAACGAUGAGGUGAAAACGGGCCAACGAGUGCUCCUUGCGUGGGGGAUUCAGCUCAUGAACCAGGUUGGAGGGAUCAACCUAGUCGUUUAUUUUGUUCCGACGGUCCUCAGACAAAACGUGGGCAUGAGUUACCAACUUUCUCAGAUCCUCGGCGGGUGCAUCCAGAUCAUGUUCAUGCUCGGAUCGCUUCUUCCCGCAUUUAUGCUGGAUCGGAUGGGCCGACGCAAGACAAUGAUGAUUGGUUCUUUUGGCCUAGGCGUAUGUAUGCUCAUGGUCGCAGCCCUGCUCUCCCAGGUCAAUGAGCCCAAUGGACAGGCCUAUGCCUCCGCCUCUGUUACCUUCUUCUUCCUUUACAUGCUGAUCCAUGGCAUGUCCAUCAACUCGGUCCCGUGGGUGUACGUCCCAGAGAUUCUACCCCUCGAAGCCCGGACCAAAGGCACGGCGAUUGGAGUGAGCUCCAACUGGCUGUGGAACUUUACUGUGGUCAUGAUCACGCCAGUUAUCAUCAACCGCAUCCAGUGGAAGGCAUACCUGAUCUUCAUGGUCACCAACCUCCUCUUUAUCCCAAUCAUUUACUUCUUCUAUCCUGAGACGAGCAACCUGCGCCUUGAGGAUAUUGAUCUCAUCUUUUCCCGGGGCGGGGAUCCGGUGAAACAGGCCAGACUGAUGGCGGCGGAAAUCAAGGCAUAUGGGUAUAUUCAAUCAGAACAGCACUCUGGUGAAAAGGAGAUCGGUGGUGUCGAAGUGGAGCGUGUUUGA